AUGGCAUGUACAACUAAUAGCACUCAAAUUGUAUGGAAGAAAAAGAUCCCCUUGAAAGGAAGAAAAGCAACCAUUUCACUAGGACAGAAGAGAAAAUUUGAAGAGAAGAACUUUUUUGAGUGGUUUGAAGAUAAUGAAGACUUUUUGGGCGAAGUUUUGGCAGAAACAUUCAGAACCGAGAUUUGGCAGAACCCUGUUCCUUAUUUCAAAACAGGGUUGAUGAUUCAAGAAAUAGAAGAAGACAUUACUAGCGAUGAAGGGUGUGAUGUUCACGAUGGAGAUAGCACUGAUGAUUAUGAUUACGUCGAUGAUGAUGUCCUGAGAGAACUUAUGAAGGAGGUUGCCGAUUCUGACAACAGCAGUGACGAUGAAAAUUUGUUUGAUUUUUAG